CAAAAACAGCACCAGUGACGCAUCCGACACUGAUUUGUGUCGACCGCCCAGCUGCUCUACUCUCUCUUUCCAUCACCGUUUGCAUCCAAAUACCAAUACCAUUAACACCCUAAAGUGAUGCCCAACUUUAAGGAACGAAAGCGUACAACUGUCUAACCGAAACUAGAGAGCUCGUCACCAUCUCCAGAUUUUAUGUCCGUAAUUAGUUAUUCAAUUUUCGAGAAUUCGGGAUUGGAUUGAUGCUCGCUCUGUCACCCCCGAGGAGCAGAGAAGAUGGGAAAGACACGCUGGAUUUUCCGGCGGGCUCUGCCGACCAUCAUCAGUUCAUCGACUUUGGAGACGGGAACUUGCUCGACUGCAUUGAUUUCGACGACCUGUUCACGGAUAUCGAGGUUGAUGGGGCGGAGUUCCUGCCUGAUUUGGAGAUGGUGGACCCCGAUAAUAUCGGGGAGUUCUCACCUACGAGCGGCGGUGAGGAGUCGGAGGUCAUGAAUGUUUCUGAGGUUCUUGACAGGACGGAGAAUGGUGCUUCGGUGAAUGAUGAAAAUGAAGAAGAAGAUAAGUCAGCGAGCGAGAGGGAUGAGCCGGGUAAGGUCGACCAGAGCACGGCUAAGGGGACGGAUAAAGGAGGACGAAGGGUAGGUAGGAAGUCAUCAUCAUCAGUUCAAUCGAAGAACAAUCCUCCUCAAGGGAAGAGAAAGGUCAAGGUGGACUGGACACCGGAGCUGCAUCGGAAAUUCGUGCAAGCAGUGGAACAGCUGGGGUUAGACAAGGCAGUCCCUUCCAAGAUUUUAGAAAUCAUGGGAAUGGAUUGUCUCACUCGCCACAACAUUGCCAGUCACCUUCAAAAAUACCGGUCCCAUCGGAAGCAUCUGCUGGCUCGGGAAGUGGAGGCAGCAAGCUGGAGUCGCCAGGGGCGGAUGAUGUACGGUGGAGGAAAGAUGGAGCCGAGUCCAUUGCUGAUCAGUGGGCCUACCAUGGGUUUCCCUCCUCCUGUGAUCCCACUGCCUGUGCAGCCACAGUUCAGGCCUUUGCACGUGUGGGGCCAUCCAACCGCCGAUCAGGCGUGGCCAAAACAUCCUGUCCACCAGCUCCCAGCAGCACUGCCUUCAACGCCCGCUUGGCCAGCAGUUGGCCCACCUUAUUCUCCGAUACCACCGCUGGCGCCACCUAUGGGUCCCAGUGCAUACUGGCAUCCUCACCACCACCAGGUUUUAAAUACUUGUACAGCUGGAACACCGUAUCUUCCACAACCACGCGCAUUUACGGUAGAGCAUAUUGAUUCGGGAUUGAUGACGGCUCCGCCUGUCUCCGGUAUUCCACCCAAAGCUAUGUAUAAAGAAGACCCAGGCAUUGGAGUCCCGUCUGGCCAGUCAGGGCCCCAACCUCCCCCGGACUUUCAUCCCUCGGGAGAGACGAUAGAUGCAGCCAUAGGUGAUGCUUUAAAGAAGCCGUGGCAGCCGCUUCCUCUGGGACUGAAGCCUCCCUCCCUUGAUGGCGUGUUAACGGAGCUCCACCGUGAAGGCAUUCCUGAUAUCCCACCGUCAUCGCCCUCUUGAUGGUGUGUGGCUAACGCCCUUUCUCUUCCCUUCAUCCCUUCUUCGAGGAGAUGGCAGUUUCUCUAUUGACGGCGUUUUCAGGAUAACAGAGACUGCUAUAACAAAAAUUUGACGACAAUUCUGGUUACUUCGUACGUGAGAUGUAUCUACAACGAAGCCUAAUUUCCCGCUGAUAACCAUCCAUGCUUCUUUCUGUAAAUCUGUAACUCUCUUUGCCAGACAAUAACACUGAAAUGUGGAUCUACAAACAGAAAUGAAUGGACAUUUUUGGUGCGA